AUGGCUAGUUUAAUUUUUCUUUCAGUAACUCUUUUCAAAUCUCUUUUAUUUCAAAUUUCUUUUAAAGGUGCAAUUAUUAUAAUGUUUUUUGCAAUGAUUUUAUUUAUUCAUUUCUCACCAUACCUGAACCUUGAUGGUGUUGGUACUUCAAGUAGUAGAUUACCAAGAAGAACAAUUCCUUUAUCUCCAGUUUUAAAAAAAAUAGAUUAA